CGACAGCGUUUUUGUCGCCAACCCCCUGUGGUUCUGCAGAGACAAUGGUUAUAUAUGGAAUAUACAUUUUCCUCUAUGGAAAAUGGACAGUAUGUAAGGGUUGUACUCCAAACCACUAGAUGGUACAUCAUCUUAAAAUAAAAAUAGGAAGCCGAAGAAGACAUUUCAACGACGACCAUAAGGACAUGACGUCACACAGUUAUCCACCACAACAAACAUGGAGGAGUAUGCUCGUGAACCUUGCCCUUGGAGGAUAGUGGAUGACUGCGGAGGUGCUUUCACCAUGGGUGCCAUUGGCGGAGGUGUGUUUCAGGCCAUCAAGGGCUUUCGAAAUGCCCCGGCGGGAGCUGCACACCGACUGAAAGGGAGUGGAAAUGCAGUGAAGUUAAGAGCGCCACAGAUUGGAGGUAGCUUUGCGGUAUGGGGAGGCCUCUUCUCCACCAUCGACUGCGGUUUAGUUCGCCUGAGAGGAAAAGAGGAUCCUUGGAACUCUAUAACAAGCGGUGCUCUGACAGGGGCCAUACUGGCUGCACGCAGUGGGCCAUUAACCAUGAUGGGCUCCGCCAUGAUGGGGGGAGUUCUGCUCGCUCUAAUUGAAGGUUUCGGAAUCCUCCUAACAAGAUACACAGCGCAGCAGUUUCAGAACCAAAUUCCCUUCACAGAGGAUCCCAGUCAGUUGCCUCCAAAGCAUGAAAACCAUGAGACGGCACCACAGAGUCACUUUCAGUAGCGCCGCAGAGGACGGCUGUCGGCACACUUGUCACUCUGUUCAUUCAGCCUGGCGCCACAUGAACUUUGCAGCAGGUACCACGAUGAUGAAGAGAUUGAGAGAGUGGCUCCUACUGGUGUGAAAAUCGAUUGACCGCAGAUGAAAAUGACCGUGAAUUGUCAUUAGGCAAGAUGGAAAUAUUUUGGGGUGAAUAGAGAUGGUAGAUAUUUACGCAAAUACUGUAUGUCGUGUUAACUUUUCUACCUCAGGUGGAAAUAAUUGUGAAUUGUAGUUCGAGAAGAUGCAAAUAUUUUUGGGUGAAUACAGGUGAUAUAUAUUUACACAAAUAUGCACUUUUGACAUUUAAUAAAUACAAUGUAUCAGGUCA